CCAUUUGCCUUUCUCACACAGGGACAUGGAUCUGUCUGUGUGUCCCAGAGCAGGGACACUGCACUGUCAUUGGGAGUGCUUCCAGUACCUCAGCAGGGCUGUGAGGACAAUGUUGGCUCAAUGGCACCCCGAAAGAAGUUAAAGGGUCUCGUAGCUGCUACCAUCACUCCAAUGACUCCGGAUGGAAAAAUUAACCUCCCAGUGAUUCGUCAGUACGUGGAUUAUCUGGUAAAUGAGCAGAAUGUGAAGAACAUUUUUGUGAAUGGCACAACAGGAGAAGGCCUAUCCCUUAGCAUCCAGGAGAGGAAGCAGUUGGCAGAAGAAUGGAUGUGCCAGGGAAAAGACAAAUUGGACCACGUGAUCAUUCAUGUGGGAGCACUGAAUCUGCCAGAGUGCCAAGAGCUGGCAAGACAUGCAGCAGCCAUAGGUGCUGAUGGCAUUGCUGUCAUAGCCCCCUUCUUCUUCAAACCCACAAACAAAGAUGAGCUGAUUGCUUUCAUGCAGAAGGUUGCAUCUGAAGCCCCUGAGGUGCCAUUUUAUUACUAUCACAUUCCUCCUCUAACAGGUGUGAAGAUUCGUGUGGAAGAGUUGCUGGAUGGGAUAAAAGCACAGAUCCCCACCUUCCAGGGUGUGAAGUUCAGUGACACAGACCUCCUGGACCUGGCACAGUGCAUACACAAGAAUGAAACAGGGGAGUUUGAAUUUCUUUAUGGGGUGGAUGAGCAACUGUUGGGUGCACUGGCACUAGGGGCAAAUGGAGCAGUUGGAAGGUCAGUAUGUCUUGGACUCCUUCCCCUCACACAUACACUGUGCUGUUUUGUCUUCCACUACCUGCAUAGUAUUUCCUUGACUGUUUUCAGUCACAGCAAUGGAGGAUUUUGCAGGAUAGGGAUGUACAGAGGCAAACAGACUCUGUACAAUCUAGCCCCAGGCCUAGUGAUGGGACUUUCAUAUAACCCAGGAUCUCAGAUGAUGUUCCUUUGGAUGAUCAUUGCUGUGGUUUCUAAGCUGACCCAAAGAUUUCAAUGUAAUUUUUGUCCUCAUGGCAACUUUUGAAGUAGGUAAUCACUUCUAUCUGCCUUGGGUAAGGAACCAAAUCCCAGAGAGGGUAAAAUUGUUAGUUCACAUGAGCAGUCUGUGAGGAAAAGGGCUGUGCUGAGUUUAAUUUCUAAUUUAUUCUCUGCCCCUCAUAUCAGGCUGAUGAGAUGAUUCCUGUGUGAUACUUGUGUUCCCAUCUAGGCAAUCCAUUAAAUCAACAAGCAACUGGAAAAUUAAGUGAUUGACUUUCCUUAUUGCCCAAUGAUGUAUUUUUAUUUCUAGUUUUGGAAAGCAGUUCCAUUUGGAAAGAACUGGGAAGACAAAUCAGCUCUCUUAAUUCUUCCAUGGAGCUUGGCAUACUUCACAUGCUUGACAUUAGAUUGCACCCCACAUAAAUUCCACUAAUUUCUCUCAUAAUAAUGACAAUGUCAACAGCAAAAGCCUGUGGUUACUUCUUUUGUUUCACUGGUUUUAAGUUCCUUCUUUGCAUUUACCAAUUCUAAUUUUGGUUUGUUGUUUUGGCAGUACAUACAACUAUUUAGGCCGACAGACCAAUCUGAUGUUGCAAGCCUUUGCAAAGCCAGACCUUGCCUUGGCACAGCAG